AUGAACUGGAUUCCAUCGGCUUCGCAGAUAGUACAGCUUAUUAUAGUUGGUCUAGUUUGGUAUUUGUACAAAUCAUGGAUUAGACCUUAUCGUCUGUUGAAGAAGUUAGGCCUGAAAGUUCCAUUUCCUAAACCUAUUUUUGGUAACUUGUUGGAUUGUCAUCCUUCUAUACAACAUCUUGGUCAGUUAAAAAAUCAAGAAAAAUACGGUCGUGUUUAUGGUAGUCUCUUUUUCUCUAUACCUACUAUAUUGAUUGGCGAACCGGAUCUUUUAAAAUCGGUUUGUGUUAAGGAUUUUUCCAAUUUUUCCGAUCGCUAUCCUUUAGUCGACGGUAUAGAGCCAUUUGAUAAAACAUUACUAGAACUUAAAGGUACCGAUUGGAAACGUGUCAGGAAUAUCUUAUUGCCUACGUUUAGUGCUUCAAAAUUAAAGGCGAUUAUGCCCUUUAUUGAUAGAGCUGGAGAUCGUCUAGUUGCAACGAUACUUAAAGCAGACGAAGAAGGUCAAUCUAUCGAUUUAUGGAGAACUUGUGGUAAAUUUACUAUGGAAGUGAUUCUAGCAACUGCAUUCGGUAUAGAAUUCGAAUCUAAAGAGCAAGAAAAAAAGUUAACUAAUGCUGCCAGAGCCCUAUUUGAUACUUCACCUGGCCCCUUACAAUUCUUACUGAUAUUUGCACCGCCCUUAUUUCGUGUAUUAGAACCGAAAUUAGGAGGUCAAUUUAUGAAUUCCACACAUUAUUUAAUGAAAACUUGUAAACAAGUAAUCAAAGAAAGAAGAAGAAACAUGGCCGAAGGUAUAGCCUGUCGUAGAGAUAUUUUACAACAGAUGUUGGAAGCUGGCGAUAGCGACAAGUUAAACGAUCAGGAGGUUGUUUCCCAAGCAUUAAUAUUUCUUGCAGCAGGUUACGAAACUACAGCAAAUACACUAGCAUUCGCAACCCACUCGUUAGCAACAAAUCCUGAGAUACAACAACGAGUCUUUGACGAAAUAAGUGACAAAUUGAGCGAGAAUGAUUCGCUGGAUUACGAUAGUGUAGGCGAUUUACCGUAUUUAGAAAUGGUAAUCGCUGAAACAUUAAGAAUGUAUCCACCUAUUUUUUUAGCCAAUCGUUCUAUAAAAGAAGAUAUGGAAAUUGAUGGUCUUCAAGUCUCAAAAGAGGCUAUGAUUGGCAUCCCUGUUUACGCAAUUCAUCAUAAUCCUAAAAUUUGGCCUGAACCAGAACAAUUUAGACCGGAGCGAUUUACAUCCGAAGAGAAAUCGAAACGUGAUCCAUGUACCUAUCUUCCAUUUGGUAAUGGGCCACGCAAUUGCAUCGGAAUGAGAUUAGCCAUGUUAGAAGUUAAAUUAGCUAUAGUUAAAAUUUUACAAAAGGUAGAAUUAAUUGUAACUAAAGAGACAGAUGUACCGUUACAAUUAAAAUGCGGUUCUACCUUGUCUCCAGCUAAUGGUGUAUACGUAGGCUUUAGGAAGAGAUAG